GGGAGGCCCAAUGGGUGGAGUUUGGAAUCAACACAACCAAUAGAGAUCUUUGGGGGGCGGGGCUUCAUAUGUCACUCCACAUUCACACAGUUUGGUCCUGAUUCUUCAUCCAGAGUACUGCGUCUGUAGCAGAGUACUACUACAGAGUACUACCUGUACUGGAUGUAGUACUCCUCUCUCCACAGUAUACUUCUUCUUCUUCUUCUUCUUCUUCUUCUUCUCUGACAGCAGAUGGACUCAGUAGCGCCCCCCAGCCUCUCUGCGGUCUCUGUCUUAUCUCUGUUAGCAUGUAGCUCCCAGGUGUUGGUUGCUGUUCUGCUAACACGCAGGUACGGUGGGCGGAGCUCAGCAGAGGACAGGUGGAUCCUACUGUGGCUCUUCUAUGAUGUCAUCGUCCACCUCACACUGGAAGGUCCGUUUGUCUACAUGUCUCUGGUUGGGACGGUGGAGACGUCUGACGGUCCGCUGGCUGAACUCUGGAAGGAGUAUGGUAAAGCUGAUGGUCGCUGGCUGGUUUCUGAUCCAAUGAUCGUCUCGAUAGAAAUUCUGACCGUCGUCCUCGACUCUCUGCUCGCUCUGCUGCUGAUACACGCAGUACUGAAGGACAAGUACUACAGACACUUCCUGCAGAUCGCUCUGAGCGUGUGCGAGCUGUACGGUGGCUGGAUGACCUUCUGUCCUGAUUGGCUGGUUGGCAGUCCCAACCUGAACACGUCCAGCUGGCUCUACCUCUGGGUCUACCUGGUCUUCUUUAACGGGGUCUGGGUCCUGGUCCCGGUUCUGCUGCUGGUCCAGUCCUGGUUCUCUCUGAGGAGACUGCACGCACUCAGACCCGACGAAAACAACGACAUCUUAAAGAGGAAGAAGAUGUAGACGACAAUGUUUUUAUACGGAAUUCAUCUUUAAAUGUUAAGUGAUCAACUGACAAUAAACAUUAUUGAUCCCAA